CAUGGUGUAUUUUAGUUCCUCCCGGUCCAUAAGUACCCCCACUCAAGACUCGAGAGUUCAAAUUCCGAAGUCAAUGUCAGCAAGAUCCAACAUCUUCCCCCCUCCAACACCUUCUCCGCCCUCCGAUUCCAAGAUCUGAAUCAAGAAACCCACCGGCGAUGGGGCUCCGCGACUGCCUGGGCGACUGCUGGGAGGACUGCAAGUGGGCAUUAGCGUGCCUCGCCGCCGUCGUCGCUGUCAUCAUCAUUGCCGUCAUGGUUGCCGCCUACAGCUUCGCCCUCCAGCCCUCCAUCACCGUCGAGGACGCCUCCCUGACCAGGUUCGCGCUGGCGACCACCCCGGCGACGUCGCUCGGGUACAACCUCUCUCUGAAGCUCAUCGUCCGCAACCGGAACUGGGCGACGACCAUGAAGAACACGGAACCGCUGGAGGCGGCGUACAAGUUCGAUGGCCAGCAGUUCGAGCGCGUGCAGGUCGCUGACAAGGGCGACAAGCACGGCCCCAGGAAGACCCGGGUGUACCACCUCAACACGGGCCAGGAGAGCGGCUACGUGUCGCUGGGCAACGCCGGCGUCGCGGCGUACAAGGAGCAGAACAAGACCGGGGAGUUCGAGCUGGAGGUGGCGGUCACCGGCGAGGUGCGGUACACGCUGCAGCUGAAGAAGAACAAGCUGGCUGGGACCUGCAAGCUCAAGCUGAAGCUCGACUCGCCGGCGACGGCAGCCGUGGUGUUCGAGAAGGUGAAAUGCAAGCUCGAGAAGGAGAAGAAGGACAAGGAGUGAUUAAUUUGCUAGCUCUUGUGUACUAUUGUACUCCGUAUUUUCUUUUUUUGAACAUUGUACUGUAUGGUUUUCAUCCAAAAUUCCAAGCGGUCUAUGACGGCCGGUUGCCAA